UUGAAGUGGCGGUGACGUCACCCCGUCGAGCCGGCGAACAAUCGCAGCAGCGGGGCUCGAGACGCCGCUGGCCGCAGCCCUGCGGGACGGGGAGGGAGGAGCCGCGCGGGCCACUCCAGCGCUCCCGGAGCCUUCACGCGCUCGGCGCAGCCUGCCCACUCGAACCUGCCGUCGCCGCGCUCUUUCUUACUUCACUGCUCCAUUUACCGCGCUCAGCUCCAGUUCCGGAUCCGCUCAACAGGUCUGACGGAACCGAACCCCCCUUUUCCUUCAACUUUGGCGAAGUGGAUUUUCCUGGACUCUGUUGAAACUGUAUGGACUAACAUGAAGAGUCUUAAGGCGAAGUUCAGGAAAAGUGAUGCUCAUGAGUGGAGCAAGAAUGAUGAGCGCCUGCUCAGUGCCGUGGAGCACGGUGAGGCCGACAAGGUCACUUCCCUCCUGGCCAAGAAGGGAGCCAGUGCCGUCAAGCUGGACAGCGAGGGCAAGUCAGCUCUGCACCUGGCUGCCAUGCGGGGUCAAACCGAAUGCUUGGCUGCCAUCUUAGCCCAAGGCGGUGAUGUGUCUGUGACAGAUGGUUCAGGUCUAACUGCUUUACACCUUGCAGCUAAACACAGCCAUCAGGAGUGCGUUAGGAAGUUAAUUCAGAGUAAGUGUCUAGUAGAUGCCGUAGAUGCUUCCAGAAAGACAGCUCUUCAUCAUGCAGCUGUAGCUGGGAAUGCUGGGAUUGUGCAGCUUCUUUGUGAGCACAAGUGCCCCGUGGACGUCCGAGAUUUGGAGGGCUGCACUGCCCUGCAGCUGUCUGCCACACAUAACCACGUCGAGGCAUGCCGCAGUCUCCUUAGAUGGGGUGCUGACAUCAAUGCUUGCGACAAGAGUGGCAGGACGGCGUUCAUGGCGGCCUCUGAGAGCGGCAGUUUGGCUGUGCUGGAGCUUCUGCUGCAGCAAGGAGCAGAUCUGCAUACAGUGGACUCCAUGGGACAGGAUGUUCUUCAUUAUGCCAAGCUCUCAGGCAAUCGCGAUGUCCAGACCCUAGUCAGCGCUGCUUUCUUUCCGGUCAAGCCAGACUCGGAUACACAGUCACCCAAAGCACUCCAGCACGAUCAGGUCACUAGGUUAAGUGAGGACAAGAGCAUCACUCCCAAAAAACGAAAAGCUCCUCCGCCCCCUGUUAGCCCCAUUCAGCCAGCUGAUGUAGCCUCUCCCCCCUACCUGACCCCUUCCCAAACGCCGCCCUCUAGCAGGAGCGAAGCAUCCAAGAGAUUUAACUACAAGGAUGAAGAGCUGAGAAGUGUUGUGUUGAGGGAGGAGGUGGAGAAGCUGCAGGAGGAGAAGAACAUGCUACUGGAGACCAUUGAGGACCUGAAGCAGAUCAUGGAGCAAACCCAGCCCAAGGGUGGAGUCGAGGACCAGGGCCAGAUAGCAGCACUACAAGCCAAAAUUGCUUCCCUUUCUUUGGAAAACCAGCAGUUGGCACAAAUACUGAAGAAACGCUCAUCCCUGCAGGAAGAGAGAGGACAAGAGAGCUCACGUCCCAACAGCAUAGAUUCCAACACCUCCUACCACUCCACCCAUGCCAACUUUGACCAGACAGCCAUUCGGCAGGAGGAUGACGUGUUUGAGGCAUCCACACAGAAUGUGAGCAGCACCUCCAGGCACAAGGUAGAAGAGGAGAUGGAAGAAGAGGAAAAGAGCAGGGCGGAGGAGGAGAUCCAGCUUCUGCGCAAGGCACUAGAGUGCCUCGAGACCAAGCUUCAGGAGUCCCUGCAGGAGAAUCAGAAGCUACAAGCUCGGCUCUCGCCCUGCCACGUCAGCAAGGCGGAAGCGGAAUCUGGACCACAUGAUAUGACAGAACUGCAGAACAGGUACCAGGAGGCUGUCAAAGAGCUCAAGGUCCUGCGAGAGAGAGGCCUGCAUGAGGUGCAAGAGCUAAAGGCACAACUUACCCGGGUCCUGGAGGAACGGGAGAAGGAUGUGCAUCUCAUUCGAGAGCUGGAGACGCGGCUGGAGGCAGAGGAGGAGUGGCGGGAGCUGAAGCACUCAUACAAGCAGCUGAUGGAGGACAGCAGCCGCGAGAAGGCCUUGCUGCUAGAAAACCAAAAGGAAUCACAGGAGGAAAUCAGAAUGCUGCAGGAGGCUCUAAGGGGCACAGUGCCAGUAGAGGCUGCAGCCAAGGACUUUGAGGAGAUGAAAGGGGAGCUGAGCCAGGUUAUCGAGGGAUUGCAACGACGACUGCUGGAACUCUCCCACUCCUAUAGCGAGGCCCGGAGUGAGCUCAGUGCUGUUCGAGGAAAACUGGAGUCCCAGCAGGUGGAGGAGCCGCAGCUGCAGGAGCUCGUAAGCAAGCUGGAAGAAGCACGAGCUGCUGCUGCCCAAGCAGAAGCAAAGUACCAGGAGGCCCUGGAGGAAGUGGGCCUUCUGAGGAAGGAGGUUGAGGCUCAAGCUCGUGGCUCUGUAGCUUUAGCUGACCACACCCAAGUGGUGUCCUCCCUGGGUAAUGCCAUCAAAGAGCUAGAGGCCCAGGUCAGUGACCUGCAGGAGCAGCUGUCCCAGAAGUCCUCCCAGGUGGACACCCUUCAAAACCAGCUGUUAGCGAUGAAAGAGGUGCCGCCAGAGAGCUCAGUGUCCCAGCAGGAGCACGAGCAACUGAAGGAGUCUCUGGAGGCGGAGGUGGGGCGGCUGACACUGCUCCUCCAUGAUGCCCUAAGGAAGCAGGAUGAGAUGGCACUGGAGGCGGCUGCUGCAUGGCAGGAGGUGAAGGAUGGGCGCAGCAAGCGAGACCAGGAGCACAGUGAGCUCAACAGCAAAUACAAGGAGGCUCAAGAAGAGAUUGCCAUGCUGAGAAAGCAGACAGAGGGGCUCCUGAGUACAGAGCGAGACAAAAACAAAAAGAUUGAUGAGCUCAUGCGGGAGGUCAGCAAGCUGAAGGAGGCCCUCAACAGCCUGUCCCAGCUGUCCUACGCCACCGGCACCCCCAAGAGGCAGAACCUGCAGUUGGACUCACUGCAGCAGCAGGUGAAACAGCUCCAGUACCAGCUUGCGGAAUCAAAGAAGCAGCACCACGAGAUUGUCUCUGUCUACCGGAUGCACCUUUUAUAUGCUGUCCAGGGACAGAUGGAUGAAGAUGUUCAGAAGGCUCUGAAGCAGAUCCUGAUGAUGUGCAAGAUGCCUGCAGAGGCCAAGUGAUACCCUGCAGCUAGAGCUGCUGUAGACCUGUUGGACCUGCAGUUCAACGGAAAGCCUCCCUUCUCUUUACACAGAGUGAUGCUUCUGAACUGAGCUGAUCCUACAAACGUGGUUCAUCCUGGUGCAGGCUGAUAUCGGACAUAGCAUUCACUGGACUUCUUGGUCGGCAUCCAGGUUGAUGGGUAGAUACACAUGUGAAUGGAUUUGCAUGAAAACUACAAAUGACAACAUUCCGUUUCCAUGAUACACAUCAGACAAACCAGUCAGCAUUUGCUGCCGUCCUUCUGACAAACAGGCUGAAACAGUCAGUGGAGAUGUACUGUAUUGU